AUGGCAGCAAGUAAGAAUGGAUUGGUCAAGGUUGUGCAAUGUUUGCCAUCAUUUGAUUUUGGCGGUUUUGUAGAUUCAUUCACUGAAGCUGCCAAAAACAAUCAAUUCAAAGUGACAGAUUAUUUGGCAAGAGAAUGCUUUUCAAAGAAUACUAAUAUUCUUCAAGGUGCUCAAGAUGACAAAAAAAUUAAACUUUUAAAUGCAUUGUAUUAUGUCAGUAGUGAUGAAACUCGAUUUGAAUCAUAUUGGAAUGAUUUUAAAGCACUCACAACCAACUCCAAGAUGGUCUCUCAAUUAUUAACACUGCCACCAUUCUACUCAACAUUUAAUCGUUGUCAAAUAUCCAAUGUGAUUGACUGGACCCUUAAAAACUACUCAAGAUUUUAUGAUGGUCCUGAAAGAGAUCAAUAUCAAAUGCAACCAUUACAAUUGUCCAAUCCAGACAACACCACCGACUACUAUCUACAUCCAUUCAACACCUACUAUAUCAUCUCUAAAUAUAAACAUGAUCCACAAUUCAAUCAAAUAAUCAAUUUUAAUGAUUUUGAUAUCAAUCAAUUUUAUUUUAAUAAUAUUAGGUGUAGAGUUCAUUCAUUCAUUCAACAACAAAAGAGAAGAUAUAAAGUAAAAGAAAGAGGAAUAAUCAUUCUCCUCCUCUUUGAAAGAAUCAUAGUUGGAGAGAUGACCAGUCAUCAACAGAGUAGUAGUAGUAACAACAGCAAUAAUAGCAAUAGUAGCAGUAUUAAUAGUAAUAAUAAUAAGAAACAAAAGAUCUUUAUGCUAUGGGUACACGAUCAACAGUUUAGUAAAGAAGAGUUAGUUGUCAACCCUGAACAUUUCCCUAAACUAAAGGUUGGUGAUAUACUAGAGAUAUCACAACCCAGCAACCCAUCAAAGAAACUAUGUUUACGUGUAAAGACAUUGGCUCCUGUUAAAGGACAACUUCAAAUUAGUAUAGCAAAGUAUAUAGCAAGUGUAUUUGAUUUUGUGUCAAGAAAAGAGGUAGUGGUCAAUGUUAUACCAGACAAGAGUGCAAUCGUUGAUUUUGUAGAGGUGUCUUUUAAAGAUCAGUAUAUAGGUCGUUCAGACAUGUGGCGUCUCAAACUCAGUCUACAGAAUGAGUGUGUCUACGUGCUAAAGAAACUAUCAUUUGCACAGGUGCGUGCACAAGUCGAAGAGAUGGUGAGCAAAGGUCAAAAAGUAUCGAGUGGAUUGAUCGACGAAUCGACAAAGUUUGUGUUUAGAUCGCGGUCUGCCAAGUUUAUCUUACUCAUUCAAAUGAGUAAAGAAAUGUGGGACUUUGCAAGUGACGGUGACCUCUACUUUGAAAAGGCAGUCAAUGGUUUCCUCAAAUCUCUCUUUGCUAAAUGGAAGUCUUUAUCUGUCAAUCAUACAGUCACCAUUGUAUUAUUCUCUAGAACUUAUUAUGAAAAUUCAGAAAUAUUAGAUGAAAUACCAAAUUUACCAAAGAACAAACAAGGAGUAUUGUUUCAAGAUUUCUACAAGGUGAUAGUGAGUGAAGAGACGAGACAGGAUUGGAACUCGGUCAUUGUAAAUUUAAAGCGAGAGUUUAGUAACUAUCAUCAAAUGGUCAACUGGGACAUUUAUGGACGUAACAGUGCGUUGGGAAAGAACUCGACCGCUCAACAAGGCAAUUUUUUAGAGGCGAUCAAUUUGGGUAUGUCUUAUUUUGACAAGCAUUACAUUGAUCGUGAUUUCACACGUACCGGUCAGAUGAUUGUCGUCGUGUCACCUGGCACCGGAAUAUUCGAGGUUGACCCAGACGUUAAUCUCGUCACCAAACAACGUAUGAUUGACAAUGGGUAUGGGUGCGACCUUAUCUGUCUAAACAAGCAUCCCUUGCACAUUGUACCACUUUUCAAAUACUCUUCUCUUCCAUCUCAACAACAUCAACAACAUCAAUCAUCUCAACAACAACAACAGCAGCAGAGUAGUUCGAAUCAAUAUCGAAAUAAUGGAUUAUUGUCACCUGCAGUGACCAAUAGAACUAAAGUAGCUAUUAGCCAAGUGGCGGCAGCAACACAAAAACAACAGAGUCAAUACAAUGUUCCAUACUGGUUGGCUAUUUCAUUUUACGAUGAGAAUUCAGUUGUCGACCCCAACCCAAAUAACAAAGAAAAUAACAAUAAUAAUAAUAUUAAUAAUAGUAGUAAUAGUGUUAAUAAUCCAGCCAAUAAUAAUAUUAAUAAUGUAGAAGAAAGAUUUCAACCACAAUUUAGGAUGCCCGAACCGUCCAUGUCACAGAGAUACUAUAACUUGACAGCUGAAAAGCCUAAAAAGUUUGAUUUCUUUGUGCCAAAGGAUCCAAUGAAGAUGGCUGCGUUAGCAAAUCAGAAACCUCCCAACAAGUAUACAUCACAUACGUUGGGUGUCAGUUCGUACGAAGACACGAUAUUCAAUACGCUGCCAGACCGACUGAGUGGCGAUUCAAUGGUGUCGGCGUCAACGAUGGAUCAAGCCAUUGUAGAUGACUAUGUUCCGAGUGAGCCGGGAACAGAAUCAGAGAUGAGUGAUGGAGAGGUUGAUAGCGGCCACCCAUAUGGUGGUAGCACCAGUAAUCUCACACCGACAUCAUCGUACAACUAUUUGGCACGAAAACGUAGUUCACUUGGUGCACCACUACAAAUCGAUCCGAGGGGAUCACUCACCAAGAAAAUACAGAUAUCCGACACCACUUCAUCCUCUUCCUAUGAACGACAACAUCAUCACCAACCACUAGCUAGAAAGACAAGUGUUCCAACUAUAAUAACUACUCCAUUAUCAUCUUUAAAUACUAGUAAUAGUAAUAAUAAUUCAUCGUCAUCAACGACACCUGCAGGUGCAAAGAAAUCAUCGGUUAUUAAUCCAUUCACAUACGAUGAUACGUCUUUUCAUACGUCGAGUAAUAGACGACGUUGGUCGCAUUUAUGGUUCUCUCCCAACACUUAUAUUUUCGGACAGACCAAUGCCAAUCCCAACCCAUUCCUUCCCAAUUGGAAGUCAUUGUGUGAACCUGCCAGUUUGCCAAUCACCACCGAUUACUUUCCAUCGCAAAAGGAUCUAAACACAAAGUAUGUGGAAUACUCUACGUAUUCGUUGGCACUCAACGAUGAGAAUGACUAUCACAAUGAUACCGAAUCAUUACUCAAGGAAUUGAUUUCACAACGUCUUGCACAGGGUUAUCAAUUGAUUAUGGAACAGACAUUACCAUCACAACAAGCUGCAAUGCAAUCUACUUCAUCCACUUCGGCGACACCAGGUGGAGUAUCUGGAAAAGAGUCGUCGUCAUCGGCUCCACCAACUAACCCUACCUCAUCCUCUUCAGCAUCUUCUACAACGACUACACCAACCAAAGUAUUUACACUUAAAUCAUCACAAGUUAAAGAUAAUUUGAUUUGCAGUUGUGGUACACUCUCGACAAUCAAUCGAACACUCAAGUAUUGGACCGUCCAAUAUGCAGUUGUUCCAUUGUCAUUGGUUAGUAAUACUGGUACCAAUAGCGAGUCUGAUGGAGUGAAUAGUCAUGGUACCAAUCAUCAUACUUCUUCUUCUUCUUCUUCUUCUUCUUCUUCAACUGCACCAUCAGUUGCACUAUUGUCACCUCCACAGUCACCCAAUGCAUCAUCAAACUCUAUUCCACUGCCACCCUCAACAUCACAUUCAUCGAUUGCAACUUCUCAACCCAUCCCACCACCACCACAAUCCACCGUCCAUCUCUUACAACCCCAACCACCCUCAACAACACACAACAGCAACCAUCCACUACAACAAAUACUGACGAGUAGUGUUAGUGCUCCUACUUCACCAGUCUCUUCACACAAGGCAAAACAUCAGGCACCAGGAUCAAUGCAACAUGGAGGUAUCGUCAAUACAUCACAACUUAAAUUGGCACAGUCUGCAACCACCUCCCCCAACACUAGUCAAGAGAUUAGUAGUAGUAACAGUGAACCACCCACCAUGAACAAUUCAACCAACAUUUUGAAUAUGAAUCCAGCCAUCUCCACACAAGGACAAUUCUCAGAACAAACAGAAGAAGAGAGAAUGGCAUCAUUUACUAAAUUCAAAGAGUAUAUAAACUCGCUGAUAUCUAAAAACACCAAUCAAAAGGAAGCUAUAAAGAUGGAAGUUAAAAUGUUGAGUCAUGGGCAAUACCAAUCAUUGGAAAACGAAGAUCUCUACAGUUUGUCUGGGAUGGGAAAUGUCUCAAACAUUGGCCCAUCGUUUUUAAUCAAAGAACGUUUGAAUCCUUCCAACUUACAAUCAAUCUUUACAAGAAUGAAUAUGAACCCACCAAUUGGUUUGAAACUAUCCGAUCGUAAACACAGACUUCGUAGUCAUCGACGUUGUUUUGUUGGUUCAGAAGUGGUUGAUUGGAUUAUUCAAAAUGUUGACUUGUCGACCAUCUCUUUGACACCACCUCUAAUGUCAUCUAGUCAACAACUAUCAUCUACAUCAUCAUCUGCAACACAACCAAAUCAACCACCUCUACAAACCUCUCAACCAUUACCACCCACCUCCUCAUCUUCCUCUUCCUCCUCUUCUCAAUCUACCACUCAAUCAUCAUCAGCUGCUUUUCAAACGACCAAUAAUAAUAAUGCAAAUUUAAAUUCCUAUCAAAGGGAUCAAGCAAUUGCAGUUGCUCAACGUUUAUUUGAUGAAAAGUAUUUUAAAACAAUUGAUAAAACUCAAUUUGCCGAUGGUUUACAUUAUUAUCGUCUAAGAGAAGAUGAUCAAGGUAACCUAUUACAACAACAACAACAACAACAACAACAAAUAUUACAACAACAACAACAACAACAACAAAAUAUUAAACGUAAAGAAAGUGGAGGUAAUAGAUCACUUUUGACCAAUAGUGAUGGUAAUGAUUCACAACAACAACAAAAUACAUCAUUAUCAUUUGUAAUUAAUCAACAACAACAAAAAACAUCAAAUACUGAACCAAGUUCACCAAAAAUUACUUCAACUACAUCACCUGUAUUAAAUGAAUAUCAACAACAACAAUUAACAUCAGCUUUACAAUCACCAACUCAAUCACCAAAGAUUGUAAAUAAUAAUAAUAAUGGUGGUGGAGGCAGACAAGGUCUACAAAUGUCUGCUAGUUUUUUGGAAUCAUCUUUUUCACCUUCUCACAAUAACAAUUACAAUCAAAGUGAACAAUCAUCACUUAGAAAUUCAAUGGGAGUUACACCACCAAUUUUGAAUCAUUUACACAUGCUUUCACCGACCAACUUGACCAAUCACUUUUUACAACAUACAACAACUCAACCGACAACAACUUCUACCAUCCUACCACAGCCAAACACAAAUUCAAAUGCAAUAGAAACAUAUGAAAAUCCAAAUCGAAGUGAUGAAGAAAAGAUUGAUAUGGAUAGUACAAAGACUGAUAGAUAUGAAUGGAUUUUGGUCAAACAUGAUAAAACAUUUACUCCAUCACGUUACUUUCACUUUGAAUUCAAGUGGAUGGUGUGUACAGGUUGCGUAGUCGAUGACUUUAUUUCUAGUUGUAUUAGAAGAGCCAAACAGUUUGGAUUGACACUGAUCCAAAUCCCAAUUGAAAAGAAUUAUUCACCAUUUUAUGCACCGAUUCACAUUAAGUUGGUACCCAAGCUUAUGCAAACCAAAGUGAUUGGUGUCAUUUUGAAAAAGCUAAACUUUAUUCCAGACCAUAUCAGUCGUCGCCCAUCAAGUCUCAUGACCAAGAACGAUUUGUACAUCUUUACCGAAGACGACUUUUUCGAUACCGAGUAUAUUCAUCGAACGGGAAUGUUGUUUGUACGUAUUGUAGAAGACGGCUUUUUAUGUAUCAUCAACAAUGCACCAUCCAAUAGAGCCUUUCUCCCAGCUGCGCUCCUCUGUCUAAAGGGGUUCCAAGAUCUAGUUGCUCAACUCAAUUCUACGAUGCCCAGUAUCAUCUAUUCGGCCGAUCUAUCAUCACAAUCAUUCUAUGAUGACUCUGUAUUUGGUGGUAGUGGUACUCAAUCAGCUUCACCCCAAACCAGUUUACUUCGAUCUUUGCCACCUGGUGAAGCCAACUUUUUAUCACUUUUUACCAAAGGCUAUACUGCAUCCUCUCACAAUAGUCAUGAUUAUCUAUCAGAUGUAGAUUUACCAAAAAGUGGUGGCAGUAGACAACCUUACAACAAAAAUCAGAGAAGUGGUCUAUUAUCAUCGAGUGAAGAAGCCAUUUCAUCAUCAGAAGAUGAAUUAUAUUUCAAUCAAAACAAUAACAACUCUUCAGACACUCCAUCAUCGUCUUGGGAACGUCGUGAUAGAAUUGAUAGAGAUGAAAUUUUAUAUUAUAGUGUAAUGUCUCGGUCACCAACUAUUUAA